AUGGCCGGACACCACGGGAUUCGCAUCCCCCAUGGUGUCAUAUCAGAACGCGAGGGCGAACACUGGAUGGACAGCCCUCGCAUCCUAGUUUCACAGCUUCCGCGCUACACCAAGCCAUGGGACGAUUGUAUCGAGGCUCAUCAGCUCAGCAAAGACAAUCUUCCGCCUUUCUAUGUCCGCUUGAGAGACGAUCAAGUGGGACAUCUAUAUUGGGGAGCUGGUGGACUUUUGAAACCGCACGAAUUGAACCAAUACUGGCCAUUCGAUUUCAACACAAGUGGUUCAUACUACAAAUCCAGGGAGAGUUGGGGGCCACCCUACGACGAUCCAGAGACGAACUCCAUGUGGCAUCUGAGGGGAAAUUCGCUCGUUCCAGAGUAUCUAGAUCCAGGUUUACCUCUCACCUGUAUCAGCAGUCACAAGGUCAUGUGGAAGGAGCUUGAGAAGUUACGGACACAUACUGAAUCGGUCGAACGUCGCCAUACGGAGACUAUUAAAGGAUUGAAAGACAAAGCCUCGUCCGAAGAAGCGCACUACAAGCUCAAGAUCAGCCGACAUAAAAAGAAAGCCGAUGAGGGGCAGGUACGCAUUCAGGAACUUAAUAUCCAGGUCGAGCAAGUCGAAGCAAAGAACGUAGAGCUCAGAAAUCAAUAUGAAGAAGCUCAACAUCUGGUCUCUGAGGCUCUUGACCGCAUUAAAAAGUUGGAAGGCGAGGUCGCAAAUGAAAAGCAAUUGAGAAAAGAGGAGGUGGACGACAUCCAGAAGAAAUAUGCGAUGGUCAGAGAGCGCCUUCAAGCUACACAAGAGAAAGUCAGUAGUCUCGAAUGUAAGAAGAGAAAGGCUGAAGAGGACGUGGCAGGCGAUCUGAAGGGAAUACCGUCUUUCAGGUCCGUACGCCCUAAAUACCCUGGUUCGCAAGCAAGCAGCUUGUUUCCACGGACGAAAAGGGAGUUGUGA